AUGGCCCUUAUACCCUAUCAUGUUGUCAAGAGACGGAUCGUGUGGGCCAGUACGAUGCAAGCUACCUGUCUGUUUGUCAACAACUUUGCGGGUGUCAACUAUUUCCCCAUCUACUUUCAGGCUGUCAGAGGUGUCGGUCCCUCACUGAGCGGUGUCUAUAUGCUUCCUGCCAUCGUGACGCAAAUCCUAUCCCUGGUCAGCACUCGCGCUCUGGGCAACAACCGCCGUUGCCAGCGGGUUGAUAUCAACCUGGAGCCCGGACACGUUCAUGGCAGACUGGAUCGGUCAUCAAACAUUAUUUGGCGUGCGCGGAAUGGGACUACAGAUGUGCAGAGCAACAUCCCAGCAGCCCAGAAUCCCACCGCCAUCGCCUUCAUGGUCUUCAUCGAGAGCCUGGUGUCAGCCAUCUUCACCGUUGCGGGCAACGUCACCUCCACGCAGACCCUGAGGCGACGAGUCUCGGUUCUCGGACCUUGCGUGAGCCCCGAGGCGGCGCUCGCGGCGGGCGGAGGUGCGAAGGCGGUGCGCUCCCUGCUGACUCCCGGGAGCCCGGAGCUCAGCGGUCUGCUGCUGGGAUUCUCGGAGAGCGCCAACUCGGUCUUUUGUUUGUUGACUGCUAUAGCUAUUGUCCCCUUCACCGCGGAUUGGGGCUUGGGCUGGGUUGAUAUCCACAAGAAGCCAGCUGAGUACAGGGCAUAA